AAUCUCUAUCACUCUGCGAACGAGACGCCUCCACCACUCGAUGUCAAAGCUUCUUUGAACAGAGGGCAGAGUUCUUCGCCUUAUAUGCAGAGAAAAUGCAUCCGAUUCCUCACCCGAGGAGCUCUGUUGUCGAGAAUAAAUGUUGUCAAAAGUUGUUGACUUCACAGUACAUUUUGGCUAAGGUUUUUAGAAAAGAUGGUCCUUCCCUUGGUUCCGAUUUUGACCUUCCUCCCAAAGGUGUUGUUGAUCAACAGAAAGAAGAAGCAAGUGUGGGAAGAAAGAGAAAGGUUUCGGAGCAGAGUACGAGUAAGGAGGAUUGCGUUGUGAAGAAACAUGGUAUUGGCAAGGGUUUGAUGACAGCGUGGCGGGUCAUGAAUCCGAAUAGUAAAGAAAGACCGACCUUAAAGAAGAAAAUACAACCAAAUCAAAAGAAGAAGCAAUUAGCAUCAAUACUGAAGCAGAAACAGUUGCAGAAGACGGAAAAGAAGAGGAAUUCUAUAAAUAUAGCAGAGACCACCGAAUUAAACAAGGAUCAGACGGCAUUUAGUGAAAAAUGUGAGCUUGGUGUGGACGGGGUGGUAUUUAAAGAAACCUGUCAAACAAUUUCGAUACUAGUUGAUGACGAGGAAUUGGAGAUGCGUGAGCAGCGACAGGAAGGACCCUUAACUUGCUCAUGCCAUACUGCUACUAGUGGUUGUUGUUUUCUUUGCAAAGAUUUAUUGCCCAAGUUUCCCCCAAGUUCUGUUCGCAUGAGGCUACCUUUUGCUUUAAAUCCAUGGAAUUCUUCUCCAGAGUCUGUCAAGAAACUUUUUAAGGUUGUCCAUUUCCUGUAUACUUAUUCAGUAACUCUUGAUAUAUGCCCCUUCACGAUUGACGAGUUCACACGCGCAUUUCAUGAUAAGGACUCCUUGCUCCUUGGUAAAAUUCAUCUUUCCCUGCUGAAGUUGCUUCUGCUUGAUGUUGAAACCGAGCUGCAAAGGGGAUCUUUUUCAACCUUGAGUAUAUCAUGCAAGUUUCUUGCCCUGCUACAGUCGGUGGAGAGCCAAAUUAUUAUUCUUGAUAUGUGGAAGGAUUCAUUAAAUUCUCUUACAUGGGCGGAGAUAUUGCGUCAGAUAUUGGUUGCAGCUGGUUUUGGUUCAGUAAAGCGUGCUGCUGGUCAAUCAGAGGAACUAAGUAAGGAAAGGAGACUCAUGAAAAAGUACGGCCUCCGUCUUGGAACAUUAAAGGGUGAAUUAUUUAGAAUGCUUAACGAGCAAGGCCAAAAUGGCUUGAAAAUAUCCGAGUUAGCUGAUGCAGCAGAGGUAGCUGCGCUGAAUCUUGCAACUGCAUCAGAAGAACGAGAGCGUUCAAUAUGUUCAACGCUGGCAAGUGAUAUUACAAUUUUCGAAAAAAUAUCUGAAUCUACAUAUCGUGUACGUGUUAAUUGUUUAUCUGAGGAGAGCCAGUCUGAUUCGGGCGAGUCUGGAAGUGUUGAUGAUGAUGAAUCUGGUGAUGAGAUGGAGCAGUGUGUUUCAGAAAGUUUUGUAUUUCGAAAAGCUAAGUGUAGGAAAAGGCGGAAGAUGCUUGAAGUAUGCAGUGAGAUUGAUGAGAGCCAUCCUGGAGAAGCAUGGCUGUUGGGGCUAAUGGAGGGGGAAUAUUCAGACUUAAGCAUUGAAGAGAAGUUAGAUGUUUUCAUGGCUUUGAUUGAUCUUCUUAGUUCUUGUUCCACUAUCAGAAUGGAGGAUUUACCGAGAGCUAUGGUUCCUAGCAUCUAUAGUCAUGGUUCUGGUGGAAAGAUCAAGAGAGCAUCCUCCUCUAAUCAGCGCGUAUCAUGGGUCCAUGGAGGAGGAGAGAGAAUCGAAGAGCUUUCUUCUAAAUCGUCUGAUUCUCAUCCAGUUGAUUCAUCAUUUAUUGUGGCAAAGCUCGCUGGAGAUAAAGUAGCUAAUAAUAAUGUUCACCCUAUGCAAUCUGUAUACCUUGGUUCUGACCGUAGGUUCAACAGAUACUGGCUUUUCUUAGGCCCAUGCAACCCGAAUGACCCUGGUCAUAGGUGUGUCUACUUUGAAUCUUCUGAAGAUGGUCACUGGGAAGUUAUCAGCCACAAGGAGGCUUUGCGGGCACUGCUGUCAGUGUUGGAUGAUAGGGGUAGACGGGAAGCUCGGCUUAUUGAGUCAUUGGAGAAACGAGAAAGUUUUCUCUGUCAAGCCAUGUUAAGAAGAGUUGAACAUUUAGUCAGAGAGGACAGUUCGUCUUCUUCACCGGUCUCUGAUAUAGACAACAACAACCUAUGUCUGAAUGAAAUUGCCAAGGAUCAACAAGCAGCUAUAGUAUUUGAGACCCGGGACAAAAGCCUAUUGUGGAGCCUUGUUCAGGAGUUUGAUGAAUGGAUAUGGGAUAAAUAUUAUCUUAAUCUCAAUGCUGUUAAACACAGCCGAAGAUCCUACCUUGAUUCACUUACUAGGUGUAAGAGUUGUCAUGAUUUGUAUUGGAGAGAUGAGAAGCACUGUAAGAUUUGCCAUGCUACCUUUGAGCUGGAUAUAGAUCUUGAAGAAAGAUAUGCGAUUCAUGCAGCCACAUGCAGCAGGAAGAGUGAUUCAUUUCCAGAUCAUAAAGUUCUAUCUUCCCAGUUGCAAUCACUAAAGGCUGCAGUGUAUGCUAUUGAGUCUGCAAUGCCCAAAGAUGCCUUGAUUGGUGCAUGGAAAAAGUCUGCUCAUAGGUUAUGGGCCAAAAGGCUUCGGCGAAGCUCGACUUUGUCUGAAAUUACGCAGGUGAUUGGCGACUUUGUUGGGGCAAUCAAUGAAGAUUGGUUAUGGCACUUUGGUGAGGAAGAGGCUUUGAUGAAAGAAAUUUUAACUAGCUUCUCUUCUAUGCCUCGAACAACUUCUGCGAUUGCUCUCUGGUUGGUAAAACUGGAUACCUUGAUUGCGCCUACUUAUGUGGAAAAACCUCAACUUGAAGGGAAUCAAUUGAACAGGACCAGAAAGAAAUACAAGUAGGCGAACGUAUAAGCAGUAGUUGUAGCUCUCAUCUAGACAUCACGGAAGGGGGAUACGUAGGAGGAAUAUUGUAUAGAGAAGAGAAUGUUUUGUUCCUGCAUUAAGUGACUUUUUGAUAAAAUAUGUAUAUAGACAUUUUAGCAAGUAGCAGGAUCGCAUUCGUUUUUAAAUUGUUCUUUUUUUCAUUGUAUGGGAAAAACGUAGUUUUAUGUCCUGGUGACAUUUUUGGGGGUUUGUUGUGUAAAAUAAAUCGAUCACCAUUGUGUUAUGUGGUGAUCUAACAAUAUAUCUGUAGUUUGAUCCUUACAAACAUUUUUAUAAUUAUGUGUAUUUGGUUUGU